ACUUAAACAAACUGCAUAAAUAGAAAUCCUCCAUGCUCUACUCCCACUUGCCAAAUUUCCUUUGGGACUACGCGAGGUACUGGCAAUGAGGUCGUCACUGUUUCUGGUCGCGACGCAAGCCCUACUGAGCUAUGCUCUCAGCAGCGCCGGACCCCCUGAUACGCUAUUAAUACGUGAUUUUACCGAGAAACGACAAGCCGCGCAAGAUAUCGUCACUUGGGAUGAGCACUCGCUCUUUGUCCACGGCGAAAGAGUCUUGAUCUUUAGCGGGGAGUUCCAUCCAUUCAGACUCCCAGUGCCAUCUUUGUGGAUCGACGUCUUGCAGAAAGUAAAAGCGCUCGGCUUCAACUGCAUCUCCUUCUACAUCGACUGGGCUCUCUUGGAGGGGAAGCCUGGGGAUUUCUCUGCGGAGGGUGUCUUUGACCUGAAGCCGUUCUUUGAUGCAGCCCAAAAGGUCGGGGUUUAUCUCAUUGCUAGGCCUGGCCCUUACAUCAACGCCGAGGUCAGCGGCGGUGGGUUCCCGGGAUGGAUACAACGGGUUCGCGGUCUUCUGAGGAGUGCUGCGCCAGACUUCCUUAAUGCGACGGAUAACUACAUGUCGAAUGUCGGCAAGCUAAUUGCGGAUGCUCAAAUUACUAAUGGUGGUCCGGUGAUUCUACUCCAGCCAGAGAACGAGUAUUCGGGAGCUGGCGACUAUACCCCUUUCCCGGACGGGUCAUACAUGGAAUACGUUCUUCAACAGGCGCGAGAUGCUGGGAUAGUUAUUCCUUUUAUCAACAACGACGCGAGCCCCCUCGGUCAUAACGCUCCAGGAACCGGCGAGGGUGAAGUUGACAUCUAUGGACACGAUGGUUACCCCUUAGGAUUUGACUGCGCGCAUCCCACGGUUUGGCCCGAAGGAAAUUUACCCACAAAUUAUCGAAGCGACCAUCUCGAGCAGAGUCCAACGACACCUUACUCCAUACUUGAAUUUCAAGCCGGCUCAUUUGAUCCCUGGGGAGGUUGGGGUUUCGAGCAGUGCAGUGCGCUCGUAAAUCACGAGUUCCAGCGGGUCUUCUACAAGAAUAACUAUGCGGCGGGUGUGACGAUAUAUAAUCUCUAUAUGAUCUUUGGCGGCACUAAUUGGGGUAACCUCGGACACCCUGGCGGAUACACUUCAUACGACUAUGGAAGUGUCAUCAAGGAGGACCGAACCGUUACGCGAGAAAAGUACUCGGAACUGAAGUUACAGGCGACGUUCCUACAGUCUAGCCCCGGUUAUCUUACGGCGACCCCGGGUGCCAGUUCGAACAACGUCUAUAGUGAUAACCCUGAUAUCACUGUCACGCCGAUACUAGCAAACAGCACAGAUGAUGCUUCGUUCUUCGUAGUCAGACAUACCAACUACUCGAGUUUUGGAUCGACACAAUACAAGGUCAAACUACCAACAUCUCAAGGGACCCUUACGAUUCCUCGAACAAGCCAGUCGCUCAGUCUCAAUGGUCGAGACUCGAAAAUAAUCGUGACCGACUACGAUGUUCAAGGCACUCGACUACUUUACUCCACUGCCGACGUUUUUACGCACCUGAAGCAAGGAAACCAGACGGUUCUUAUCCUUUAUGCUGGAGCCGACGAGCGCAAUGAAUUCACAAUUGAAGCGCCAUUGAGCAGCCAAGUUAACAAGAUCGAAGGCGACCAAUCAUACAGCGUAACGAGUGGCAACUCUAGCUUUUUGACUGUGAAUUGGGCGACUCCUAAGGAGCGAUCUGUCCUUCAUAUCGGCGACAGCCUCUUGGUUUAUCUACUCAAUCGCAACGCGGCAUACAAUUACUGGCUCACUGAUAUCGAGGACACAAACGACAAGGUACUCAUCAAUGGACCCUACCUCGUACGUUCUGCUUCCCUGAAGGACAAUGAGCUACACAUCAAAGCCGACUUCAACACGUCCACCACGGUCGAAAUCGUAGGAACCUCGGGGGUAAAACUUUUCGUCAACGACGUAGAAACUUCGACCGAGUCGUCAGACUUCUCGGUGACUGCUAACGUUUCCGUAAAUAGCCCUUCAUUUACCGUCCCAAACCUGGAAGAUCUCGAAUGGAAGUACAUCGACUCGCUCCCUGAGAUCCAGGAGGGAUACGACGAUUCGCUAUGGACGAAGGCGGACCAUAAGUUUACCGAUAACACUUACCAACCCCUCGUCGCGCCCGUUUCAACCUACUCUUCCGAUUAUGGCUUCCAUACCGGAGUACUUCUGUACCGGGGUCAUUUCAACGCCACGGGUAAUGAAGGGAACUUCUCCCUGUGGACCCAGGGAGGAAGCGGUUUCGCCGUAUCAGUAUGGCUCGACGACCACCUCCUCUCAUCCUUUGGCGGAAACCCAGCAAACGCAAGCUAUCAAGGCAAAUACGACGUCACCGGGGCAGGCCUUGAAGCCGGGACGGAACACGUUCUCACUGUCGUCAUAGAGAAUAUGGGCCUAAGCGAGAACUGGGUCAUCGCCGAUGAAAUGAAGCAGCCUCGUGGAAUUCUAGGGUGGAGACUGGAGACGUCCAAGGCGACCAAUACCCCUAUUAGCUGGAAGCUAACGGGAAACCUUGGUGGUGAAGAUUACCUAGACCGCGUGCGUGGCCCACUGAAUGAAGGCGGGUUGUUCGUCGAGCGCCAAGGAUACCACCUCCCAGGAGCACCGACAGAAUCAUGGGUAUCCCACUCCCCAUUAGAAGGUAUCGACUCGCCGGGCAUUGCCUUCUACACGACCUCUUUUGACCUUAACUUGCCAUCCGAUGAAUGGGACAUCCCGCUGGCGUUCUCGUUUUCCAACGACACUUCCGCAUCCGGCAUCUAUCGGGCUCAACUGUAUGUAAACGGCUGGCAAUACGGCAAGCUAAGUAGCAAUGUCGGUCCUCAGACGGUAUUCCCCGUGCCGGAGGGAAUCCUGAAUUAUAACGGCACGAACUAUAUCGGUAUUUCACUAUGGGCUCUCGAACAAGGUGGUGCGAGGAUCCCUGGGCUCGAGCUUGUGGCUGAGACGCCAGUGUGGACAGGAAGGGAGAAGGUCGAGCUCGUGGAUAGCCCGGGCUGGGCUAAAAGAGAACAUGCAUACUAAUUGGGAAAACCGGCAGAAAGGGGUUGCCAAUGUAUGUACAGGGGAUAACUAAUAACUAUGUGAAUAACCAUGAAGCUUCCAUCGAUUAGAUCGGGCCAUAUUGAACCUCCGGGGUACUAGGUAUUAGUAAUUUGAGCCGAGCUUUUGGCGCAAGUCUUCUCGGUACAGACUCGUUUUCUUUGUCUUUGCUCUUCUUCGAAAGAGUC